CGGUCAGCAUCAUUAAACAAGCAGGGAGUGAAAAAAGAAGGAGUCCAUCGAGGCAAGUAGCAGCAAAGACGACAGUGACGAUAUAAAAAUGACUGCGGUCUCGCAAAAGAAGGGCCGCACAAAGCAAGCAUCAGGAUGCAAAGUCGUCUUUGAGAGAUACCUGGAGUGAUUGGAAGCUAUAGCUUAGAUGGCAAGGAAUGAUAAGAUUUCGUCGCACAAGCGUGGCUCGACAUCAUCAUCCUCACUCUCUUCUUCCUCGGCCGCCGCCGCGGCAGCAGCAGCGGCAGCAGCUGCGGCUUCAACUGGAGCCACUGCAGUCACAGCAGCAAAACGCACUGUCGAAUGGGUAAUGACAUCAGAUGUCCCAACAGAUAUAUCCGUGGAAGUUGCAGGUACGAGCUUUGCACUCCACAAGUUCCCACUUGUGUCACGGAGUGGAAGAAUACGGAAGCUGGUUGUGGAGACAAGAGACUUAGAUCCAUCACAAAUCAAGUUACUGGAAAUACCAGGUGGUGCAGAAGUAUUCGAGCUGGUAGCCAAGUUCUGCUAUGGAAUCAACUUCGAGAUUACCACUGCAAAUGUUGCGGUCUUGAGGUGUGCUGCUCACUACCUGGAAAUGACUGACGAUUACGGAGAAGGAAACUUGGUGGUCCGCACCGAGACAUACCUUAACGAAGUCGUCAUUCAGGAUUUCUCCGUAUCGCUCGCUGUAUUGCACAACUGUGAGAACCUCGUCCCAUUAGCAGAAGAGCUCAAAAUUGUGAGCAGAUGCGUUGAUGCGGUAGCAGCUAUAGCCACGGCCUCGCUACCUUCAAGAGAGCAACUAUCUUCAAGCAUGGAGUACAACGGCAGCUCGGGAUGGAUUGACAGCCAAGUUCAAAGCUGCAAAACAGAUCACUGGUGGUCAGAAGAUCUGGCAAUUCUGAGAAUCGACUUCUACCAGCGUACCUUAGCGGCAAUGAUGUCCAGAGGUUUGCUGCACGAAAGCAUUGGAGGAGCGCUGAUAAUCUACGCUCAGAGAUACCUCAAAGGCCUCAACAUGAAGCCCGUGACUAGUCACAACAAAACGAAACUAGCGCCAGCAGCAACGGUUCACGACUCUGGUAUUCCUUCAAUUCUGGAGCAGGAACAACGAGCAUUAGUGGAAACACUUACAAGCAUGCUACCUUGCGAGAAGAACUCUAUAAGCUGCAGCUUCCUCUUUGGCUUGCUUCGCUCGGCCAUAAUUCUAGACGCAUCCAUCAGCUGCCGCAUCGAGCUGGAGCAAAGAAUAGGAAUGCAAAUGGAUCAGGCAGCGCUGGACGAUCUACUCAUACCAUCCAUGUCCUUCACUUGCGACACCUUGUUCGAUGUGGACGUCGUCCAAAGACUGGUGAUAAACUUCCUCCAGCACAAGGAGAAGGAAGACUCUCAAGCCGGCGGCUACGAAUCUGAGAGUACCAGUCCCCCGUCACAAAGCGCAGCCAUCAAAGUCGCAAAGCUCAUAGACAAUUACCUCGCGGAGAUUGCUCCCGAUACAAACCUCAAGCUCCUCAAGUUCUACGCUCUGGCCGAGCUCGUCCCGGACUACGCAAGAGUUGUCAACGAUGGAUUGUACCGAGCAAUCGACAUCUAUCUCAAGGCCCAUUCCAACCUUUCGGAGGGAGAAAGAAAAAAAAUCUGUAAGCUCAUGGACGUCCAGAAGCUAUCGCAAGAGGCGUGCUCUCACGCAGCGCAAAACGAGAGAUUACCUGUCCAGGUGGUCGUCCAGGUGCUCUACUUCGAGCAAGUGAGGCUCCGGGCAGCGAUGGCGGCGUCCAUGAUGGAGGGAGACAACCUUGGGCAUUUCCACCACAAGCUUGGCAGCGGUGCCCUCAGCGCCGCCAUCUCGCCGAGAGAUCACUACGCGUCAAUCCGGAGGGAGAAUCGCGAGCUCAAGCUGGAAGUUGCGAGGAUGAGAAUGCGGCUUACCGAGCUGGAGAAGGAGCACGUAUGCAUGAAGCAGGAGAUGGAGAAAACGAGCUCCACGGCGCACAACUUCCUACAUUCCGUGUCGAGGAGGCUGAGCCGAUUGAAUCCUUUCGGAUCGAGGAAUCAAUCGCACGUCGCGGCGCCCCAGACGCCGGAUUCGCGCGUCUCCAGCCGGAGGAGACGCCAUUCCAUCUCGUGAAUGUCAAACCCUAGAACACCGAAAUUUUCAAAUUCUAGGGCUCUUUUAGAAUCCCUCUCUUCUCUUUCGGAUCAGUUCGCAUCGCGGGAUCAAUCUGAGCAGCAUUUCUACUCCAUAGCUCUUGUUUGUGUGGAUUUUACAGCGCAUUUCGACGAUCUGGCCCCCUAGAUCGUCAAGAAAAAGGAAGAGCUCAUUCUAGGGCUUCUCUUUCGGAUCAAUGCAGCAUCUAAGCACUCUAUAGCUCUUGUUUCUGUGGAUUUUACAGCGCUUUUGGAAGAUCUGACCACCAGAUCCUCAAGAGGAAUGGUCUUGGACAAAAGAUCUAUCGCGGCCGUAUCGAGAGGAACAUCAUAAACGAUGAAAGGAGUUAUCCACGAGGCGCAAAGAUCGUGGAGUGGUGAAACUGAGGAAUCUCGCAGAGAAGAAAGCAGCGAGCGAGUUUCAGCGCGAUUGUUCUUCUUAAGAACAGUCGACUCUCGUUUUUUUCUUCCUCCAUGAAAACUUCG